AUGAAGUCGCGACUAAACAACCGACUGAAGGGAAAUUCCUACUACGAAUACUCCAUCAAGCACGGGACGUACGACAUCGACGAGGCGGUAGCGUACAUAGAGAGGAGCUCCUUCUUCAGAAGUUGCGACGGGGCGGGGCGCGCGGGCAGUCGCAGGGAGGGCAGCUUAGAUGGCACUUUGGAUGACAGUUUAGGCAGCAGUUUGGAUAGCAGUUUAGAUGGCAGCCACGAUGGCGACCCCGACAACAACCUGAGCUGCAGCCUCAGCCAAAUCGCCCCUCGCUUGGGCAGACGGGAGCCCACCCUGAAACGGAAACUCCUGGGCCUGAUUCGCGAGGAGAAGAAGCACAUGCGGAAUGGCGCCCACAAGCAGAGGGUGCCUCCAAAAGAGAAGAAGCGGACGAAGGACCACGAGGAGGACCACCCGGAAGGAAACGAAUCGGGGCUGAUGUACGUGCAUGAUACGUGCGAAAAAAUUUUAAGUAGCGGAAAAGCAUUCAGCCAAAACACAGACAGGUACAUCAUUCUGAACAGAAGAAACCAAAUCAAGAAGAUAAGCCUAAACGAAAUGAACGAACUUAUUACAGAAAUUAUAUACACUACUAUGACAAAGGACCAUUUGGAAAAUAGCCUGUUGGACCUCCUAGGAGAAGAACACAUAGAUUUCAUAUUCAACAUCAUUAAGAACAAGGAAAGUAUAAAAAGAGACAUCAAACUGUUAAGUAAAUAUGUAGAUGUGAAGGAAAAAGUUCUCGCUUCUAACUUCUUCAUAACUGAUAAAACGACAGACGGAAUUAACAGCAAAAAAAAUGUUUUGGUGAAAAAGGAAAACAUUGAAAAAAUUGUAGAUUUUUUUCUAUAUACAUUAAAAGAAAACAACUUUGGAGAUGUGAAAAAAAUUUACAUACCUAAUGAAGAGAACAAGCUGGAAGAAAUCCAGGUGCCCAGAAAUACCUCCUACUCAUACACAGACAAUGUAACCAAGGUGAGGAUCAACAGACUGGAAAAUUUCCAAUUUAAUAAAGACGAGUUAGUUCCUGUGAAGGUGCUACCCUUUUGGCACAAACACAUUUUCGAGUUCGAACAUUUUAACUAUGUACAGUCUAAAGUUUUUAAGGCUGCCUUUCAGACGAAUAAGAAUUUGCUCGUCUCCGCUCCCACGGGGUGUGGAAAAACCAACAUCGCCUUGCUGGUCAUACUGCAGCAGAUUUGCCUCUUCUGCGAGCAGAACGGAGUUAGCCUGGAGCGAAUCGCCCAGGUGCGCAGCGGUCAGGGGGGGGGCGUCCAAGGGGGGAGCGGCCAAGGAGGGAGCGGUCAAGGAAGGAGCGGUCAAGAGACCCACCGUGCAGACGUACACCAUGCGCAGCGGAACGGGCAGCUGACCGGCGACCCGCUGGAGGAAUUCCCAAGUGAGGAUCAGCUGAAGGAGGACCCCCCAAACGAGGACCUCCCAAUAGGGGACCUCCCAGCCGGAGACCCCCUGAAUGAGGACCCCCCCAGCGAAGAGGCCGCUAGCGACCGCGCUAGCGAGCGAGACUACGCCCCCGCCCGCGGCGCAAACUGCAUAAGCGCAAAAGAAUUCAAAAUCAUUUACAUAGCCCCGAUGAAGUCCCUCGUCUUCGAAAUAACCAACCUGUUCCAAAGGAAGCUGAAAAUCUUCAACCUAAAGGUGUGCGAGUAUACGAAGGAGCACAGCCUGACCUCCAAACAGCUGGAAGAAGUGCACAUAAUAGUAACCGUCCCGGAAAAGCUAGACAUCCUUUUAAGAAACAGCAGCUACUCCACCACGGUAUCUGACGAGUCAUUAAUUAAGCACAUCAAGUGUCUGAUCCUUGAUGAAGUACAUUUGCUAAAUACAGACAGAGGUGACGUGAUCGAAACGAUUGUCGCUCGAUUUUUACGAUACUCGGAAACGUCCCAGUCGGUGAGAAGAAUCAUGGCCAUGUCAGCCACGCUACCCAAUUACAACGACGUGAGGGAUUUUCUAAAAGUGGAAAAGGACAUGUGCUUCUACUUCAAUGAGAGCUACCGAUCCAUCCAGCUGGACAAGACGCUCUACGGAAUACAUGAAAAAAAUUUGAACAAAUUGAAUAUAGCCAAAAAUAUGUAUGCCUACGGGGAAAUUAUAAAUGCCUUGAGGAAAGACAAGCAGUGCAUCAUUUUUGUGUGCUCAAGAAAUGACACCAAUAAAACUAUACAGUUUCUGAUAGACCAUGCUGUGAAAAAUGGCGAAAUAGAGUACUUCCUUACUAACCUUUACACUGAUAGCGAAAUAAAUAAAAAAAUUAAAAAAUCGAAUAACAUGUAUGUGAAACAGUUUUAUGAAUUUGGCUGCUCCGUACACCACGCGGGCAUGUCCAGAUAUGAUAAAAUACUGGUGGAAGAUUUAUUCAAAAAAAAGGCCUUCAACGUGUUAUGUUGCACUUCUACUCUAGCGUGGGGAGUUAACCUACCCGUUCAUACCGUCAUCAUCAAAGGGACCAAUUUCUUUUCCUCCGAAAGUGGAAAAAUGGAAGAUAUGGACAUCCUUGACAUUAACCAAAUAUUCGGAAGGUGCGGAAGACCUCAGUAUGAGGACCACGGACAUGCCAUCCUCAUAACCGAAAGGACGAAGCUGUACAAGUAUAUAAAACUGCUAACCAAUAAUACUAUUAUCGAAUCUAGCUUUUUAAAAAAUAUAGAAAAUCACCUAAACGCGGAAAUAAGCAUAGGGACAACCAAAAACGUGGAGGAUGGCAUCAAGUGGCUAGAAUACACCUACCUGUACGUCAGAAUGAAGAAGAACCCCAAUUUGUAUGAUGCCGACCUCACCUCAGACAUGCAUCUGUACAACAAAAGGAAGGAAAUUAUCCUUAAGGCGAUCCAAAACUUGAGUGAAAAUAAGCUAGUAAGGAGAGUACUCCUGACCAACGACUUUAUUGGAACCUUCUAUGGACACAUUGCAGCCAAGUAUUAUGUAGAUUAUCAAACCAUCGGAAUUUUCGCGGCAAAUAUUGACCGAAGUAAUUACGUAGAAGUUAUUGACGUUAUUAGCAAAUCGAAAGAAUUCGAAAAUAUACAAAUUAGAAAUGAAGACAUGAAUGAUUUUCUGUGGUUAAAAAAUAGGUGCGAAAUUAAGGAGCAGUAUGACGAAUCGAAAUGCAUGACAUUGCGCAUAUUGAUCGAAUCGUACCUGAGGAGGAUACAAAUAAGUAACUUCUCCCUCAUUUGCGAAAUUAAUUACGUUAUACAGAACAUCAUCCGCAUUUUAUAUGCCUACUACGAAAUAUGCCUUAACAUUUUGAAGAAUAUUUCCAACCUGAUUAUGAACACCCAUAAUCUUAUCGUAUCCAUUCUGAGGAGACUCCCCAUCAACUCUUGCGUCUUCAGGCAUUUCUGCUACAGAAAUGAGCUACUCGAAAAGAGGAACGCGACAUUUUCUAGCCACCCCGCCAGAGGGGGGAAACACAGAAACGCCCCCCCAGAAGAUAAUGCAGCAUCUCACCCGAACCAGCUACCCUACAGGGGGAAGUACGUAAAUCCCGCGGAAAUGUUCGAAGAGCAGGAGAACGCUAAUAAUCAUGAUUUGCACGAUACACCACAGGGGAGGUACCGGAGAAACCAAAACUACACCGUCUACCUAAAAGAGUCCGUGGUGAACAUUUUAGAAAAAAAAAAACUAACGCACGAAUCGGUCGACACGCUAACCAAAAGCGAGCUUCUUUUCUUUCUAAGAAAUGAAGUCUACACCAAUCAAAUUUUGUACUACAAGAAUGUAAUUCCAAAUUUGCAUAUUGAGGGAUACAUCCAACCCAUAACCCAGACGAUCAUGAAAAUAAAUCUGCAGGUGCAACUCAUAAAUACUAUUUGGUCCGAUCAGUGGAAUGACAUUCAGGAAAACUUUCACCUCUUCCUAUUGAACACGCUAAAUAAUGACAUUUUAUAUUUCCAAAAGUUUGCCAUCCAUAAAAAAGACAGGAAAAAAAUCCACGACAUUUCUUUCGAAUUCCCUCUCUCGAAUCAAAUGCCCCCUCAAAUCACCGUCCAGUUUUUAUCCAUGAAUUGGUGCAAUUUGUCCUUCGUCCAUAUUUUCAAUACAAACAAUUUGUUCAUUAAUCAGAAGAUUAAUAUUUUUUCCGAAAUUCUUCCGGUCGUUCCCCUGUCGACGCAAAUUUUGAAGAUCCCUAGCUACAUCAAGUUCUUUUCCUUCCGGUACUUCAACCCUAUCCAGACUCAGAUGUUCCACGCGACGUUCCACACGGACGAGAACAUCCUCCUGGGGGCCCCUACAGGAAGCGGCAAGACCGUCAUUGGAGAGCUGUGCAUCCUGAGGAACCUGCUGCACCACGAACGGGAAAAGGCCGUGUACGUGUGCCCCAUGAAAGCCAUUGUAAACGAGCGGCACAAGAGCUGGACGAGCAAAUUUAAAAAUCUUCUGAACAAAAACGUAAUCGAACUGACGGGAGAUAAAAACGAAAAUAAGGAAAGCAUCGUGGAGAGUGACAUAAUCAUAUGUACGCCCGAAAAACUAGACGUUAUAUCUAGAAAUUGGAAAAAUAAAAAAUUCAUGCAAAACGUCAAUUUGAUCAUUUUCGAUGAGAUACAUUUACUCGGCCAGGAGAACAGAGGAGGUGUGAUAGAAAUUUUGGUUAAUCGAUUUAAAAAUAUGGAACAGUACCUGAAUAAAAAAAUAAGACUCGUAGGAUUAACCACCGUCAUAACGAGUGUAGACGAUUUGAUUUUAUGGCUAGAUGUAAAAGAAAACUACCUUUUUAAUUUCCCAUCCUCAUGCCGCAUAGUGCCUUGUAAAACCCACAUUCUAGGGUUCACCCAAAAGGCAUACUGCGCACGAAUGUCAGUUAUGAACAAAAACGUGUUCGAUGCGGUUAACCAAUAUGCCCAAACGAAGAAUGUCCUCAUAUUUGUUUCGUCUAGGAGACAAACGAGAGUUACGGCGUAUGACAUUAUUUCCCUGAACCUCAGCUCCCACAACCUCAGCUUUCUGCAUACGGAAAAUUUGCUGAAUGAUAAGAGCCACAUCCAGUUUUUACUUAACAGUAGUAAAAAAAAGGACGGGAAAAGGAAGAAAAAAAAAGGCAAAAAGAGAGUUCCAACAGAUGGGGAGGAACCAAGUGAGAGCCAAGACCGUCGUAGUAGCUUUAACGCUAAUAAUUUGGUACGAAGCCACAACGAUGACAGCCACUUCUCCAGCGACAGCGGCGAAGACGGACCAAGUGAUCUGCCCGAUUACGCCGCCCUAAUGAACAAAAACCUCUCUGGAGAAGAAAAAACGCAAGUAGCCAACAUGCUCUUCCAAAACUACCUGAACAUAAUCGAAAAUGAACACUUGAAAGACCUGCUGAAAUACGGAAUAGGAAUCCAUCAUGCUGGGCUAAACGAAAACGAUAAAAACAUUGUAGAGUAUUUUUUUUUAAAUAAAAUUAUUCAAAUACUUAUAUGCACGUCCACCCUAGCAUGGGGAAUUAACCUCCCUGCCUAUCUGGUAAUCAUAAAGGGAAAUGAAUUCUACGAUGCUAAGACGAAGAAGUACAAAGAUAUUUCCUACACAGAUUUAUUGCAAAUGAUUGGUAGAGCUGGAAGGCCACAAUUUGACGACAAAGCUUUAGCCAUAUUGCUGGUCCAAGAAAAAAGAAAAAACGCAAUCAAAAAUUUCCUCUAUCAUCCUAUGAAUAUAGAAUCAAAUAUUACUGAAAAUUUAAAUGAACACAUAAAUGCAGAAAUUUGUUCUAAAGUAAUAAACAACAAGGAGGACAUUUUUAACUACCUGACCAAGUCAUAUUAUUUUAAAAGACUUUUUUCGAACCCCUCCUACUACAUUAAGGAUGUGCAAUAUGUCCAGCUAUUUGAGAAUAACAUACUGUCUAAUCAAGCCAAGAAGGUUAUAUAUGAGCAUGUAAACAAAAUGAUCGACAGCACCAUCAGCUUUUUGGAGGCUAACAAAUGUGUGGAAGUCACCAUGCAGGAUUACAUGCACACUUAUUGCUCAACCCCCCUGGGGCAUAUCGCCUCCGUGUACUACUUGAAAUGUGAAACGGUGUCUUUUUUUUACAAAAUGGUUGAGCAGAAUUGUGGCCGCUCAAAUGCUAUGGAAGGAGAAAACGAUGGGGCAGAGGGUCUCAGUGGGGACCUCCAAAAUGGCAACCAUGUAGUCGAUGGGGGGGAGGCAGCCAUGAACUUGGGGGGACACACCGAUGGGGAAGCGAUAAGCGGAGAGAUAGGCGCCCCGAGUAGCGGCUCACCGAACGAAGAUCGCUGCGUGGAGGAGGAAUCAACCCCCCCCGACCACCGCGCCGAUCCUGACCAACGGGAUGAACCCCGCUGCCGCCCCCGCCGCCACCACCAUCGCCCCCCCGCGCGGGCAAAGGAACUGGACUUCUACGGGCUGUUCGCCCUGAUCGCGCAGGCCCGAGAGUUCGAUGACGUCCCCCUCAGGCACAACGAAGACAAGUACAACGUGAAGCUGCGAAACCAAAUCCCCCUAGACAUCGACAUGAAUAUGAAAAACGUCAAAACGUAUCUCCUGCUUCUCUCCCGCCUGUACGAAUGCACCUACGAAACGGUAGAUUAUCACAUAGACUUAAAAUUAGUUAUGGACCAAAUAGCAAGAGUUAUUAAUGGGUUCAUUGAUAUAUGCCUACUGUUUGGUAGGUACAAUUAUAUAAAAAAUUUGAUCCUCAUAUAUCAGUGCAUUAACCAGAAAAUCCAGCCCAGCCAAAAUUCCCUUUACCUGAUUAAGGACCUAAAUGAUAGCCAGCUAGCCAAACUGGCAGAAUUGCAAAUAAAAAAUUUAAAAGAUUUACUAAAAUUUGACAAAUCCUUUUUAUACUCACUUAACAUCUUCCACACCUCUCAGUUGAAUUUUAUUUUUCAAAUUCCCACCCUAACUAGCAGCGUCAAAUUAUUUUACAAAAGUGUUAACCUUAGGAACGAGCUGGCGGAAAAGAAACAUAACUUAAUCAGCAUUCCUUGUGUGAAUCAUCAAAAAAAUGAAAAUAAAUUUUUUUUUCAAAUGAAACAUCAUGAUCCGAAUGAAAUUGUCAUUAGAGUUUUUUUUUGUUUCUUUAAUAAAGCGUUGAGGGAUGCCAAUUCGGGUACCCCCCCUAGUGCGAAUGUGCAGUGGUACGCCAUCCUGCACGAUUGUGCUCAAGACGAAUCGGUUUCCAUCAAGCGCUUCAACAAUUCGGCCCUAAGGAAAACAUCAUCCGUCUCGUUCACUUUGGAAGACCUAGCCCCGGGGACCUACCACUUCGCCGUGUACGCACAUAGUGACACCUACUACGGGAUAGACCACGAGGUUAGAGAGAAAAGCGCUUUUACCGAAGCGCACUUUUUUUUGCAUCCCCGUGAAUCGGUUCAUCUCCAUAUCCUCGUUGCUUCCGUAUUUUUUGGUGCAUUACCUCCCUGA